GAGCGAAGCGCGGCACGAUUACGGUGAAAAAACCAGUGUACGCACAAAUCCCAUCAAAUCCGCCUCCGUCCACCUCCUCGGCCCCUCGCCGCGCGACACCACACCCCCUACCAUCUCGCGUCACUCGGCGGCAGGCAGCCCCAGGUGUUCCCUCCGGCCACAUGCCCGCUCGCCAUUCCUCCCGCCUCCGCCUGCUCGCCUAGCGAGCGGCGGCCACACACCCACACCACUACACCAGCUCCAGCACACCACGCGCAGCUGAGGUCCCGUGAGUGUGAGGCGCGACAUGAAGGAGGCGGGCGGCGGCGGCGACGGGUUCGUGCGGGCGGACCAGAUCGACCUCAAGAGCCUCGACGAGCAGCUCGACCGCCACCUCGCCCGCGCGUGGACCAUGGACAAGCCCAAGCCCAGGCGCGACGGCCAGGACCGCAGGCGGGAGGACUGGGAGGCCGACCCCGCCAGGCUCGUCGUCCGCGGCGUCAUCGCCCGCGGCACCUUCGGCACCGUCCACCGCGGCGUCUACGACGGCCUCGACGUCGCAGUGAAAUUGCUUGAUUGGGGGGAGGAUGGUCACAGGUCAGAGCAAGAAAUAACAUCAAUAAGAGCAGCUUUUUCACAAGAAGUCUCCGUCUGGCAUAAACUUGAUCAUCCAAAUGUAACUAAGUUUAUAGGGGCUAUAAUGGGUGCUGGGGAUCUGAAUAUUCAGACAGAAGAUGGAAAUAUUGGCAUGCCAAGUAAUGUCUGCUGUGUCAUUGUGGAGUACCUUGCUGGAGGUGCACUGAAAACAUUUCUGAUAAAGAACAGGAGAAGGAAGUUGGCUUUCAAAGUUGUGGUCCAGAUAGCUCUCGACCUUGCCAGGGGAUUAAGCUAUCUUCACUCAAAGAAAAUCGUGCACCGUGACGUGAAGACUGAAAACAUGCUUCUUGACAAAACAAGAACUGUCAAAAUCGCCGACUUUGGUGUUGCUCGCCAUGAGGCUGCAAACCCCAGUGACAUGACAGGCGAAACAGGCACCCUUGGCUACAUGGCCCCUGAGGUUCUCAACGGCAACGCUUACAACAGGAAGUGCGACGUCUACAGCUUCGGGAUCUGCCUGUGGGAGGUCUACUGCUGUGACAUGCCAUACGCGGACCUGAGCUUCUCCGAGGUGACAUCCGCAGUUGUUCGUCAGAACCUGAGGCCGGAGAUCCCGCGGUGCUGCCCGAGCGCCUUUGCGAACGUGAUGAAGCGGUGCUGGGACGCGAACCCCGACAAGCGGCCGGAGAUGGCGGAGGUGGUGACGAUGCUGGAGGCGAUCGACACGUCCAAGGGCGGGGGCAUGAUACCCGCGGACCAGGCACGGGGCAUCGGGUGCCUCUCGUGCCUCAGGCCGCGCAGGGGGCCCUGAACCCUCGACGCACGAUGAACCACACGGCAGCGAGGUGGAGGUAGCGUCCUUUCUGCAAUGCAGGCUUUUAGCCAUGGAUCUCGGGUCGGUCGGUUGAUUGCAUUUGCUUUAGUUUUACGGUGCACAGCCUGGUUACUGGUCCUCUGAUGCAUGUAAAUUCCUCUGUCUCUGCCCCCUUCUGUUUCUCUGUGAAUGAAAGAACAUGCUCGCUCCUUCGUUCGUCUAUGCUUUUCUGUGCUGACA